CUCUCAUUUUCGCAUCCUGCCGGGACGUGUGCUGCGCUUAGAAUAAAAAAUCUCCUAAGACCACAAAAAUGACUAUCGGAGACGUAAAAUCUGCUCAAGGCCUCGGUGAACUGAACAAAUAUUUGGCUGAGAGAAGUUAUGUUUCUGGUUAUACGCCCUCUCAAGCUGAUGUUCAAGUGUUCGACGAGGUAGGCAAAGCGCCUUCAACCAGUUUACCACAUGUUCUACGCUGGUACAACCAGAUUGCAUCGUACACACCCGCGGAGCGCAAAGCAUGGGCAGCUGGCGUUAGCCCGCUGACAGCUGGUGGCAAAACUACAGCCCCGGCAGCCGCCAAACCUGCCGCUAAAGACGAUGAUGAUGAUGACGUCGACCUCUUUGGUUCUGGAGAUGAAGAGGAGGAUGCUGAAGCUGCCAGAAUUCGUGAAGAACGUCUAAAGGCCUAUGCUGACAAAAAAUCAAAGAAACCUGCCCUCAUUGCAAAAUCUUCAAUCAUUCUUGAUGUGAAACCAUGGGAUGAUGAAACAGACAUGAAAGAAAUGGAAAAACAAGUUCGUACAAUUGAAAUGGAUGGUCUCUUGUGGGGUGCUUCGAAACUAGUUCCUGUUGGUUAUGGUAUCAACAAAUUACAAAUCAUGUGUGUCAUUGAAGAUGAUAAAGUAUCAGUAGACCUUCUUACAGAGAAAAUCCAAGAGUUUGAAGAUUUCGUCCAAUCUGUAGAUAUUGCUGCAUUCAACAAAAUCUAAAUGAAGCCAUAAUUUAUUACUCUUUUCAAUAAAACUCCAAAAAUUUU